GCACACACACCAGCCUUUCGGUACCACAGCUUGGAAUGACGACAAAACCGCGCGCCGAGGCUGGUUAUAUGUCCUCCUCUGUCUCCAUUCCCUGCUACUCCCUUUCUGCGCAGGUCCACCACCAUGGCCUCCAUGAGCAGACGGCGCACCCAAAAAGCUCGCGCCUCCGACACGUUCAGGCCCAAAUUCCCUAUCGACCCCUUCGCCGCCGCGACUGUCCGCGAGCCCUGGUUCAUUAGGCCAGAUUCACUGCCCUCGGCGGCCUCACAGGCCAGGCGAGAUGUCAUCCUGGUGCUCGGUGCGCCGUCACCGCAGGACCUCGACGCGCUCCUGACCUCGAAGCAUCUUGCCAACUCUCUCCUGAUCGUUGCUAGCCACGAGCCACCGAUCAUUCCCCAUACCGCACUCCCCACCGUUCGUAUGCUUCGCCUUGACGGCCCUUUGGCAAUAGAGCAGGCAGGCGCUGUACGCUUCGUGAACGUGCUCGAAUGGGCGGAGCGCGUCGCCCGGCUGUGGCGGAAGUAUGGCGGAUACGGCACAGCAGAGCUCAAAGAAGAAGAUGACGGUCUCGACUAUCUUACGCCGCCAUCCAUUCUGCGCUUCAGGAGCACUCAUAGUACUCCAUCAUCCCCGAGAUCCUCCACUACUCAACUCUCCGCCGACCCGCGGGCCUCGAUCUCCACUCUCGAGUUUGGCCGUCCUGGCCGCCCUCGCUCCGUCUCCUCGCGAAUUCUUGGCAGAACGCGUCAGAGGUCUCUCCCUGCUGCCGACCCGUCGCAACGUCCGUUCGACGGGCUCAUCAAUUUCCUUUCGAGCGAAGUGUCGGACAAGGCACUACUCAAGCAGACAAUCCUUGUCACAACGAUCAGUAGACCUUUCCUCGUGCCAAGUGGAUCCCCUCCUUCAGAAAGGGGCAGGCGCAAGUCCAUUAUGGGCCCGAAGAGCUCGACGUCAGUAUACUGCCCACCCACGCCACCCAACCACAGCAGGGACUCGCUGACCUCAGUAUCACCAAUACCCACCAAAGCACACCUCAUCCACGCUCUGCCUGCGGAAUCGCGUUCAUUGGAUUCAUUCGCACGUUCUAAAUUGGUCCAGGGCUUGGAAGCAUUCCUUCUGUCUUUCGGAAGCCCCACUACCCUCGAUUUCCAUGGCGCGGGUGAUGACUUGACGGACCGCCUGCAGCCGUACAUCAUGACUGCGCGCAGCCUGGGGAGACCUUUUAGCACGGGCACGAGUGCAACAAGCACUUCUCCAUACGGCUCCUGUUCAUCUGACUGCACCCUUGCCGAGCUUGUCCUGUGCGGCUCUCUUGACGGGGACGAUUUACCUUCGCAUCUACAGUCUGACCGGACGCGUGCUCUGGUCACCCGCGUCACCCCACGUGCGCUACUCACGCAGGCGUCUGAUGUAGUGCUUCUUGUGGACGACGCGCCCGCCGUGGUCGUCAGCCAAUCUGACCCUGGUCAUAUGGGCUCUACCCCACCGAAGGCAAGACGCCUCCCGCGCCAGAAUAGCAUGGCAUCCACGGCGUCGACACCUCCAUCCUCUGCGCCGGUCACUCCCAGCUCCUUGCGGUCGACAAGCCCACGCAGCCCCUUGGCGAAGGGUGACACCAUCACAAGCCUUGCUGGGCUUCCAACACCUCCCGACUCGGAAGAAUCAGGGGCGGAGAAUGGGGCGGAGGAUAUCGCGUACAGUCCACGCAAGCAGAUCCCAGCGUCUCCCUCUGCCAAUUCGUCGGAGGACUCCUCAGCCGUAGAGUUACGACUGAAGAAAAUGCGCUGGAAAUUCUGGAACCGUGCCAACUCGUAGCGCCGGCCGUACUUCUAUGCCCUGCUCUCUGUGGAAUAUGAAUAUCAUAGGACGGCCUCUACUAGUUAUCUAAUUCCUUGACUCUGCGUUUAUGUCGCUGCUGCUUAUACCGCUCUUUUCCAUGUUCCUAGGCCCUUUCAGCAUCGCACUCUCUUACCCGCUGAACCCCAGAAGCAAUCUGCAACUCUUGCAUACUUGCCACCCUCUGCAUUGGCUGUCCUUGCACUAGCUCUCCCUUCCCAUGUGACACUGUACUUUUGGAGAAUAGACGUGUUAUAGACCCGCUCACAUCAUAUGAAAUACUGUGGGUCUCAAAGUCAUUAAAGCCAGCUCUCUUGUCAACGUUUCUGUAAUAUAUC